UGUGGAAGUCGGCGAGAAAGCAACCACGCGACGUUGGCGACAUCAGUCGUGUGCCGUCCUCCGUCGAAAGGGGACCUACCCGUUCCUCCGAUACUGUUCGUCAUCUAUCGACACUAAGGGAAUACAAGUGCUUUUCCGAUCUGAACGAGGAACCUUACGUGAAUUACAAGAUACGCGAGCUUGAUUUGUGAUGAUAUAAGACUCAAAUAAGUGUGAAGAAAAAAAAUAAAAAACUUUUUUGUGAUGUGCAGUUCGACCAGUUCAAACAUGGCAGAUAGUCAGAAAACAAGACGAAGUAACAAGCCCCUUAUGGAGAGGCGUCGUCGGGAACGCAUAAACCACUGCCUAAACGAACUCAAGAAUCUGGUUCUUACCGCCCAGAGGAAAGACCCGACGCGAUAUAGCAAGCUAGAGAAAGCAGACAUCCUGGAGAUGACCGUCCGCCACGUGCAGGCGCUCCACCGUCACGACAGCGGCGCCCCUCGAGGCUCAGCAGGGAGCGACUCCACGGCCAAGUACCGGGCGGGCUUCACCCAGUGCGCCUCGGAGGUGAGCAGGUUCCUGGCGGGCGUGAACGGGCUGCCCGCCGACCUGCACACGCGCGUCAUGUCGCACCUGAGCACCGCCAGCACCACCACCGAGGCCCCUUCGGCGACCGAGGUCCUCGAGGCCAGGAGUCCUGCCUCGUCCCCGCAGCACCCCGAGGGCUCGCAGGCUUCGCUGGCAGGAGUGCCUCUCAUGCAGGCGCGCCUUCCUUCGGGCCAGCUGGCCCUCGUGCUCCCGUCCUGGGCCUCGGUUCCUUCGGGGAACGUAUCUCCUGUGAACGCGGCGUCGCCCGAGGCUGCGGGAACGCCCUCCUCGCCCGAAUCCGCCCGAGGAAGUCCUCAGAGAACUCCCGACUCCUUCGAGGGGCGAGUGAGCCCGUGUGCCUAUUCGGGAGGCGAAGCGAGCCCGACCACGAGCGUGCAGGACUCGCCCGCCGACCCCCAGGUUGCCCCCCUCGACCUGGCCACGCCACACCGCCGCAGCGAGCCCGUGCCCGUCGCCCUCCGCCGCCAGCAUGCCAUCACGGUGCAGGUGGAAUCCCCGCAGCUGGCCACGUCGGCCACCAAACCCCAGGUGGCCCUUCACCCCCGCCCUACCGCCACCACGCCAGCCCCUCGCGUCUCACCCAAACAGGGCCCCGUCGCUGCGCCCAAGGCACCGACCCCUUGCCAGUGGCUGCGAGAGGCCCGCCACACCCCCUACCCCGCCCACCACCGCCACCAGCAGCAGAACCCCCACUGGCGCCCUUGGUGAAAGGCCCGCCGUGUGUGGCACUCUCCCGCCUGUAGAUUAAACGUUUCCAAGCUGGUGAUAUCAGUGCCUUGAUGUCCUGUACCUGAUCCACGGGCAUGAUUUUGUACUUCUUGCUUAUCUGUCUUGAGUAUAUUUUUCUAUAUGCAUUUUACCUUUUUAUAUAAAAAAGUCUAUAUUUACUAUUGUAAAUAAACUUUCGUGUUCCUAAUUCUGAUGGUGCUGUGAUGGAUAAUGCGAUCGAGUGUAUGUGAGUGAGCAUGUGAAAGUGCAAAUCUUUCCGAGACAGAGCUGUGACUCGCCAUGUCUAUAAAAUCUUUGCACAGUCGAAAGAUGUCAUCAUUUACCAGGCUCCUGUAUUUAAAAGUUAUAAACAACAAUCAUUGCCUGUUAAUGUUGAUUUUCCAGAAAUCUAUCAUUAUGUUCGGGACUAUCAACAUGAAGAAAAAAGUCCUUGAGUUUCAAAAGACAGUGAAACGAUUAUAUUACUGA